AUUCCUUGUGCCGAGUUGACUCAGAAACCUCUCUUAAAACUCAAAUACAACACUCCAUAGUGUUCUACUUCUACACUGUUGUGUCUCUGCCUUAUCCGGCACAACGAUGACAACCCUGUCAAUCCCAGUCAAAAUCUGCUUCCAUCCAAACACAACUUCAUCUUUUCUUCAACCUCAAACCACCCCUCACACCGUUACCUUUUCCCGCAGAAAAACGAGCAUAGCCACCGCUUGUUCCGCCUCUGAAAACCCCCAACAGCGCCAAAACCAGCAGCAGCAGAAGCAGAAGCGCACUGAGACCAGCACCGACGACACCGAGUUCGAUGACUACAAGGGCUUCGACCCUGCUGGCUUUCUCGCCAAACGCGGCAUUUCCCAUAAAGCUUUUGCCCAGUUCCUCCGUGAAAGGUAUAAAGCGUUGAAGGACCUGCAAGAGGAAAUUUUGAAACGGCACAUGAACCUCAAGGAGAUGGCUUCUGGGUUUGAGCUAUUGGGUAUGCAUCGCCAUCCAGAACAUCGGGUGGAUUAUAUGGAAUGGGCUCCAGGGGCUCGCUACUGUGCAAUUAUAGGUGAUAUCAAUGGGUGGUCACCUACAGAAAAUUGUGCAAGAGAACAUUACUUUGGUCAUGAUGAUUUUGGAUACUGGUUUAUCAUUCUUCAAGAUAAGCUGAGAGAGGGAGAAAAGCCAGAUAAACUCUAUUUUCAGCAGUAUAACUAUGUAGAUGAUUAUGAUAAAGGGGAUAGUGGUGUCACCAUUGAAGAGAUCUUCAAGAAAAUGAAUGAUAAGUACUGGCAACCAGGAGAAGAUCGUUACCUAAAAAACCGUUUUGAAGGGCCAGUAAAGUUAUAUGAGGAGAUAUUUGGUCCUAAUGGACCUCAAACUUUAGAGGAGUUGGGGGAUAUACCAGAUGCAGAAACAAGAUAUAAGGAAUGGGCGGCAAAGCAUGGACCUUCCCGUUAUGCUGUGAUUGAUAGUGGCAAGGAAUAUGAUGUAUUUAAUGUGAGGGUUGACCCAGGGUGGCAUGAGAGAGUACGUGCGCUGGAACCUCCUAUAGCAUACUGGCUAGAGACACGUAAAGGUAGGAAGGCAUGGUUGAAAAAAUAUAUUCCUGGCAUUCCUCAUGGCAGCAAGUACAGGGUCUACUUUAACACUCCAAAUGGACCAUUGGAGCGGGUACCUGCUUGGGCUACAUAUGUUCAGCCAGAUGUAGAUGGAAGGCAAGCUUAUGCGAUCCACUGGGAACCACCACCUGAACAAGCAUACAAGUGGAAAUAUACUAGCCCAAAAGCACCAAAAUCUUUGCGGAUAUAUGAAGCUCAUGUUGGAAUUAGUGGAUCGGAGCCAAAAAUAUCCUCCUUCAGUGAUUUCACAGACAAGGUUCUUCCUCACAUAAAGGAAGCUGGAUACAAUGCAAUCCAAUUGAUUGGAGUUGUCGAACACAAGGACUAUUUUACUGUUGGUUACAGAGUUACCAAUUUUUUUGCCGUUAGUAGUCGAUAUGGCACUCCUGAUGACUUCAAGCGACUAGUUGAUGAGGCCCAUGGACUAGGGCUGCUGGUUUUCUUAGAAAUUGUCCAUUCAUAUGCAGCUGCAGAUGAGAUGGUUGGCUUAUCUAUGUUUGAUGGAUCUAAUGAUUGUUAUUUUCAUUCCGGUAAACGGGGGCAACACAAGUUCUGGGGAACCAGAAUGUUCAAAUAUGGCGACCCUGAUGUUUUGCAUUUCCUUCUCUCAAACUUGAACUGGUGGGUCGUGGAGUAUCAAAUUGAUGGUUUCCAGUUCCAUUCAAUUUCAUCUAUGAUAUAUACUCACAAUGGUUUUGCGUCUUUUACGGGUGACUUAGAGGAGUACUGCAACCAAUAUGUUGACAAGGAUGCGCUAUUAUAUCUUAUCUUGGCCAAUGACAUACUGCAUUUUUUUUACCCAAAUAUUGUCACUAUAGCAGAAGAUGCAUCAUAUUAUCCUGGAUUAUGUGAGCCAACUUUUCAAGGUGGAUUGGGAUUUGAUUACUACGUCAACCUUUCUGUGUCAGAGAUGUGGUCAACUUUUCUUGAGAGUGUUCCUGACCAUGAAUGGAGCAUGACUAAGAUUGUUAACACAUUAAUUUCCAAUAAGGAUUAUGCUGAUAAAAUGCUUAUGUAUGCUGAAAACCACAACCAGUCCAUAUCUGGAAGGCGGUCAUUUGCAGAAAUAUUGUUUGGUGAAAUAGAUGAGCAUUCGGAUCACUAUAAGGAAUCUUUAUUGAGGGGAUCUUCAUUACACAAAAUGAUCAGAUUGAUCACAUUAGCAAUUGGUGGCCGUGCCUAUCUGAACUUCAUGGGCAAUGAAUUUGGGCAUCCAAAGAGAGUUGAGUUUCCAACAUCAAGCAACGAUAACUCAUUUUUGCUUGCGAAUCGACAGUGGGAUCUUUUGGCAAAAGAUGGAGUAUACCGUGAUUUAUUUACUUUUGAUAAGGACAUGAUGAAGCUGGAUGAAAAUGCGAGAGUGCUCUCACGAGGUUUUCCAAACAUACACCAUGUGAAUGACAAUUCAAUGGUCAUAUCUUACAUCAGAGGCCCCCUUCUCUUUAUUUUCAACUUUCAUCCGACGAAUUCUUAUGAUAGUUACAGUGUAGGUGUGGAUGAAGCUGGGGAGUAUCAAAUUAUUCUGAACACAGAUGAUAUAAAGUAUGCAGGUCAGGGCAGCCUUAAAGAAGACCAGUAUUAUAAAAAAACUAUCAGCAGAAGAGUCGAUGGCCUUCGAAACUGCUUAGUGGUGUCACUCCCUAGCAGAACUGCUCAGGUUUACAAGCUAAAGCGGAUUUUAAGAAUAUAAACCCAGGAUUAUGAUCCAUAUACCACAAAUGUGAAGGUUGUGUAAAGAGUUACUUAAAAUUGAGGCUAAUGAGGUAGGUUUAGGAGGAGGAACUUAUGGCAUAGAUUUAGUUAUUUAUCUGAAAUUUAUUUUCAUUAAGAGUAGUUGUAGACUGCUGUAAUUAAAAUCAGAAGUUGCACUGGUACUGAAUUGAACAAUUUUUUUAUUUCUUGAACCAUACAUUAGUUAUACCUGAAUUGUUUUUAUA